AUGGAAGAGGAUACGCUACCAGAAGAGCGUUCUAGGAGAAGCCGCUCUCCUACUUUGGAGCGCGUUAAUAGAAGUUUCAAAUCUGCAUCUAGAAGUUUAGCUGCAUUAUCACCUCCUCCAGUCAAGAGAUCUUUAUCACCAUUGGCUUCCUCUUUGUCUAGAAUCGGUACAAGAAGAUCAUCUUCCAAAUCUAUCACAGAUUCAAAUGCUUAUCAUGUUUCUAAAGGUGGUGGUGGUGCUGGAGACCAAUUAGAUGUUGCAAAACCUUCUGGGAUGGCAAAAAGUUUUGUUUCAAUGUUAACAACAGCAUCAAUGUAUAAUGGGAAUCUACAAGAUAUCAUUGAUGAGGAAGAACCUGUUGCUGAUAGUCAAAUUCAAAUAAAUGAUACUGCUACUGAAGGUAAUGCUUCGGAUCUUGAUGUUGAUACUGAAGCGGAUACGGGGAAAAAUCAUGAUCAAGAAGAACAACAACCAAUUGAAUCAAAACAAAAUGAAAUACCCACUUUGGAAGAUUUCCCUUCAUUAGAAAGAUCUCCAACAUUGUUUGAAAUAUCAAUUGCACAAAAAUUAAAUCAACAUUCAAAAGAUGUUAAUGAUUGUCAAAAAAGAGCAAUUGCAUUAAGUAAUAAAUUGAAAUCUGUUUUCCAAAUCAAUUCAAAUGAUAUUUUCCUUGCUGAUUUCCCUUGUUGGUUAUUAAAAGAUGUGCUAUUACAAGGUCAUAUUUAUCUUACACAAUCACAUUUAUUAUUUUUCGCCUUUUUACAAAAAAGAAAACCUGAUAAAAUUGCAUUAAAGGGUAAUUUAUCAAUGAAUAUUUCAUUAACUUCUCCAAGACAAAAUAGAUAUUGGGCUGUAUUAAAAGAUCAAACUUUUUCUUUAUAUAAUAAUUCAACUGAUUUAUAUUUCCCAGUGUUAACUAUAGAUUUGAAGAAUGCACUUAGAGCUGAAAUUAUAACUGAAACUGGCGGACUAUUACCCCAUGUUCCAGGUGUUCCAGGAAAACAUCAUCAAGACCAUACUUCAAAAUCAAAUGGUUCAUGGUUCAAAAUCCUUACAGAAACUAAAAGUUAUAAAUUCCAAGCUGAUUCUUCUCAUAUUGCAAGAUCUUGGGUUGGUUUAUUGAAGAAACAUAUCUUUGCAAGUAGAAAUAAAGGUGAUAGUGUUUCAGUUAAAGUGCCACUACAAAAUAUUUUGGAUUUAGAAGAAACUCCAAUAUUUGAAUCUGCUGAAACUUUAAAAAUUAAAGUAUUGGAAAAUUCUGAAUCUUUUGUUGUUGAUGAUUAUUUUUUCAUGUUUUUCAAUUCAGGUCCUGAAUUUACCAAAUUAAUUCAUGAAGCUAUAGAGGCAAAUACAAAUUUAUCAUCAGAUAAUAAUAAUUUUAAAAUUCCAGAAAAUGUUGUUGAUAGUACUGGUAAAUUAGAUUUAAAUACAAUUAAAAAAUCUAAAACUUCAAAUUUUUUCCCAUUGAAAAAAGUCUUGUCCAAGACAAGAUCAAGAUCAAAUAGUAAUACAUCAAAUAAACCAAUUUCAAGAUGUGCCACUCAUAAUAAUGAUGAAGUUUCCCCUCCAUUAUCCCCAAUUUCAGCUCCACCAACAUCUUCCUAUUCUUUACAAGGUAAUUUUUCACCAACUUCUUUCAAUUUACAAGAACCUGUUGUGGAAAAAUUCAAUGGUUCAGAUGAAGUUAGUUCUGCAAACUUAACAAAUCAAGAAGAUGUUCUGGUUACAACUAGUGAUGAAGAAGCAGAGGGUGGUGAUGUUGAACCUGAAGAUUUUAUAUCAAAACAACUUGAACAUGAUAAUCUGUUACAACCAAAAGAUACAAAUAAAUCAUCAUCACUAUUACCGGCAUAUAUUAAUCCAGGAAAGGCUUUAAAUCAAGCUAAAUCUAGUAUAACUAAAUUCACCCCCAAAGUUAUAAAAUCUGCUUCAUUUAUGUGGCAAUCAAAUCCUGUUCAUUAUGAGGAAGAAAAUUCUUUAGAAAGAGGUUUAGAAGAUGAAUUUUUAGCAACACCAAAAGAAAGAAUUGAAGCAAAUAAAAGAUUUUUAGAUCAUUUUACUUUACCUGAAAAUAAUUUUUUAAUUGCUGCUUAUUAUGCUCAUUUACAAAGAAAUGUACCAAUUUAUGGGAAAGUUUAUCUUGGUGUGAAGGAAAUUUGUUUUAGAUCGUUAGUUCCGGGGUUCCAUACAAAGAUGAUUUUACCUUAUAAAGAUAUUGAAAAUAUUUAUAAAGAAAAAGGUUUUAAAUUUGGUUAUUCAGGUCUUGUUAUUGUUAUUCAUGGUCAUGAAGAAUUAUUUUUUGAAUUUAGUUCAAAUAUUGCAAGAGAUGAUUGUGAAUUUUUAUUAUUAAAACAAUUGGACAAAUUCAAUAGUACAAUAAUUGAUAAUGGUUCAAAUGAUGUUGAAUCUGCUUUAAGUACAAGUGGAAAAUUACAAGCUGCCAAAAUUCAAUAUUUUGAAGAUAAAAUCCAUUCAGAUACUGGAUUUGAAGUUCCAAUAAUGAUUGAAGAUCAUCCUUUAAUGAAAACAAGUAUUAAACCUUCAACACCUCGUAAAUUCACUUUAUUAACUAUUGGAUCCAGAGGUGAUGUUCAACCUUAUAUUGCACUUGGAUUAGGUUUGAAAAAAGAAGGUCAUAUUGUUAGAAUUGUUACACAUAAAGAAUUUGAAGAUUGGAUUUUGAAACAUGGUUUAGAAUUCAAAGAAAUUGCAGGUAAUCCAACAGAACUAAUGUCAUUAAUGGUUUCUCAUGGCUCAAUGAAUGUUGGAUUAAUUAAAGAAGCUUCAAGUAAAUUUAGAGGUUGGAUUACAGAGUUAUUAAAUUCAAGUUGGGAAGCAUGUCAAGAUACUGAUAUAUUAAUAGAAUCUCCAUCAGCAAUGGGUGGUAUUCAUAUUGCAGAAGCAUUAAAUAUUCCAUAUUUAAGAGCUUUUACAAUGCCAUGGACUCGUACAAGAGCUUAUCCACAUGCUUUCAUUGUACCAGAACAGAAAAAGGGUGGUAGUUAUAAUUAUUUAACUCAUGUUUUAUUUGAAAAUGUAUUUUGGAAAGGUAUUAGUGGACAAGUUAAUAAAUGGAGGAAAGAAGUUUUAAAUUUACCUAAAACAAAUUUAGAUGUUUUACAACAAAAUAAAGUUCCAUUUUUAUAUAAUAUAUCACCAACAGUUUUCCCACCUCCAGUGGAUUUUAAUGAUUGGGUUAAAGUUACAGGUUAUUGGUUUUUAGAUGAAGCUAUUGAUUAUAAACCUCCAAAAGAUUUAAUUGAUUUUAUAAAUCAAGCUAGAAUUGAUGGUAAAAAAUUAGUUUAUAUUGGAUUUGGUUCAAUUGUUGUUUCAAAUCCAAAAGAAUUAACUGAAGCUGUGGUAGAAGCUGUAUUAGAGUCUGAUGUUAGAUGUAUUUUAAAUAAAGGUUGGUCUGAAAGAUUAGGUGGUUCAAAUGUUGUUGAAAUUGAAUUACCUUAUGAAGUUUUCAAUUCAGGUUCAUUACCACAUGAUUGGCUUUUCCCACAAAUUGAUGCAGCAGUUCAUCAUGGUGGAUCAGGUACAACAGGAGCAACAUUAAGAGCAGGAUUACCAACAAUUAUAAAACCAUUUUUUGCAGAUCAAUUUUUUUAUGCAAAUAGAGUUGAAGAUAUUGGAGCAGGUAUUGGUUUAAAAAAAUUAAAUGUUAAAACUUUAUCAAAAGCAUUAAAAGAAGCUACAACAAAUAUAAGAAUGAUUAAUAAAGCUAAAAUUAUUGGUGAAAAAAUUCGUAAAGAAAAUGGUGUUACAAAUGCAAUUGAAACUAUUUAUAGAGAAUUAGAAUAUGCAAAAGAAUUAGUUAAUAAUAAGAAAUCAGUUAUAAUAACUAAUGAAGAAGAAGAAUUAAUUGAUGAAGAUUCAAAGAGUCAAAUUAUGAAUAUUAAUGAAAUUGAUGAUGUUGCUAAACAAGUUGAUGAAGAUAAGGAUUUAGAAGAAGAAGGAUCAUGGUUACUGGUUUAA